AAAAGGGAAGAGGAGUAAGCAAAUUAAAUUGCCCUGAGCAUUGAAUGAAAUUUAUUGCCUCAGUUUAGUAUAGUCAGGGAUCUUAUGAUCUCGUGUAAAAAUUCUGUGCAAUGGUCUCGCCUCACCUGUGUCCCGUGUUAUUCAGUGUCUUAGUUUUCCAUAUAAGCCAAGUGCAAUCCGAUUUAUCAGCCGAAGAAGUGGCCAGAAACCAAAGUGCAGCCGAACUCCUUCCGUCUGCCUGUCGCAAUGGGCUAAAUGGCAGUGCCGCCGGUCCGGAAGUCCGUCUGCCAUUUGUGGAUAUGAUAAUGCGCCACGAGCUGCCCCUCUUUGUGCUCCGCGAACCGGAGGAGGACUUGCUGCUGCUGCUCCAUGGACCCGAGAUCUACCAGCUGCACGUGGCCACCGGAGAGCGGCGAAUGGUGCCGCUGGGCAAACUAGGUGGGCAGGUGAAGGUUCGCAGAGCUCUCGGCGCUGAGAUCGUGGCCUGGCGGCAGUUCCUCCUCCUGUCCGUCGUCCUGGAGGAUUCCCUGGAGGUGUACCAACUGCCCAAGGAGCUGCUACUCUCCGAAGACCCCGCCACGCAGCUGAGUUUCGAGCCCCUGCAGGAGUUCUCCAUCCCGGGAGGAUUCCUCCAGCUGCACCUCCUGAAACCCAGUGCCGAACAGGUCCUCCUGCUGGUGGCCUCCAAUCACACCAGGUCGCACAGCAAGUGCAGAACUUUCGAGUGGCUGGACACGUACUUUAAUCCCCUCGAGGAGAUCACUCUACCCGCCAUACGCAUUCUCCAAGUGGUUGGUCGUCAGCCCCUGUAUAUCAUUUUUGGGAGAUCUCUAAGAGGCUCCCAAUCAAAGUUGGUUCUCACAGUCUACGAGCUGGAUAGGAACACCCGAACCCUGCAGCAUCGCCAGGCCCUGACUGUCCAGGCCCAAAGUGUGCAGGCCGCCAGAUUUCGUGGCCGGAACUGCCUGAUCGCCUGCAGCUCCUCCACUUCAACUUCCUGCAUUUUCUUCCGCAUGGUGGAUGGCCAGUUUGUGGUCUAUCGCAAGCAUGCUCGCAGGGACUUGAGUUUCCAGCGGUUGAGUGCCACCAAAAAGGGUCAGCUCCUGAUCGGAGCCCGCUCCAACGGCGAGGUGAUCAUCUUCAGCUCGACCCGCCUGGAUUGCUACAGUGGAUAUCAGGUCGUUGGCGAGUCGGAGCCAAGUGGGGUACUUACCCAUACAAAUGACCGAAAUGAGAGCUUCCUGCUGCUGGCCUACCAAAGAGCCUCGAGCGACCUGAUCCGCACCGUGCAGCUGGGAGGCGUGGAGGAAGUCUCGAACCAAGUGGGCGCCGCUCCAGAAGAAGAUCUCUCUGUGGUGCAAUUGCAUCGCCAUGAGUUCGAGGAGUCCAUCAAUGCCUUGCGUGGUCUCCUUCUGCGCCGGCGUUCCUCUGUAGAAACGCUGAAACAGUUGGUCAACUCCUUAAAGCAAAACGCAGGCCUUCAGCUGGAGAAACCACUGCAUCUGCUGGAAAAUGGACACAUUGAGCGGCUCCAGCUGGUGGACGAUCAGCUGCGUACACCCACACAAUUAAGGCGGCGUCUGGAGGAACUGCGUCAGCGAUUUGAGGAAAACCGAACCAGGAGAACCACUCGCUCUUUUGGGACAGCAAAUGAAAAUGAUGAGCUGGACAAGCUCAAGGUGAGACGAUUGCGAGUGGGCAACCUCAUCUACCAGGGACAGUUGAUGCCAGGCCACAUCCUGGAUGCUUCAGAGCCACCUUUGCUGACCAUCAGGGACGUGCCUUUGCAGACCAAAGCACUAAGAGCCAAGCAACUGUUGACUCCUCAAGAUACCCACAACUCCAGUGGCACCCAGAUUCCUCCAGAGAAACCUGCUCGUACUGAAUGUGCAGUGCGUCAUCUGAAGGUGGACAAGAUCAAUGGAGUCUCCUGGGAUGACUUUUUGGACUCCCUCUUCCUGCGCAGCCGCGACACUCGCUUGGAGGGAAAACUUGUGAUGCAAUCGAGGAGCCGGGUGGCCAAUCUUCGGACGACCCUGCUCAACGGACUGGUGGUGGAUCGCCUUUUCAACCUGCGACGUGCUCAGGUGAUCAGUUCCAAUAUCUAUAUGUCAGCCUUUUUUGCUCCGCGCUUGGAGGCUUGGUUGGUAAAUGACCUGGACUUUGCCCACGAUGUUCUCUAUCGCGGUGCCAACGAUAGCUGGGUAAAAACUCCUGUUCGCAUCUAUCAGAUGAGUGUUUCGGGUGACAUUCAGGUGGCCAAUCAGAGCAAAUGGCAGAAACAGCCCAGACAGCUGCAGGAACAGGAUGAGCAACGUCUUCAGCAGUACUACACGGGCAGGGUCACGAUCAAUGGCUCCCUGACGCUCAGAAAUGUGCAUAGGGAUACUGAGAACUCACUUGUAGCCCUGGGAAAGCAAUCUCUGGCCAGGAAUGUUCUCCAUUCCACCUACCUUUUGAACCAGACACAACAGAACCUUUCAAACUUGACCUUUGGAAAUGCGAGAGUCAAUACACCGUCACUAACCACCAGCUAUAUUGAAGGACAUCCUCUGAGAGAUCAUCUUCUCAGCGGGGGACAGCAAAACAAGCACAACUAUCCAAAUCACACUCUUCACAUCAUCUUCAUGAAUGCCAGCGUACAGGGCGAUAUCAUAUGUAGGGACUACAGCUCCCGCUUGGCGGAGAUUGCUAGGGAUGCAGUGCGUCAUGGACAGGAGGCGAAUAUUACGGGUCACAAAAGUUUCCAGGCUCCUCUAACUAUGCAAAGCCUUCAAACCAAUCAAAUUAACGGUCUGCCAGUAACCGAACUAGUGCUUAAGUCAAACAUCACGCAGAACUUUAGGGGGACAAAGAGCUUUGAGCGCUUGGUGGUGACUAAUGACCUAAGGGUUCAGGAUCACUUGAAUGUGAGUCGUCUCAAUGGAUGGCCACUGCAGCAGCUACUUGGCCAUGAUCUUACCUUGAAACGUCUGGAACUGACGGAAACGCCACAUUUGGAGAAUCUUCACUUCCGGCGACUUAAUGGAUUGCCCUUCGACGAACUGCUGUCCAAGAUCUCGGAGGGAAGUGAACAACCCCUACUGCUGCACAAGCAACUUCUUAUCGAGGGCAAUGUACGAUUCGAUAAGGCUCUACAAGUGCAGAACAUCAAUGGUAUCCAGUGGGAGGAUUACCUCAGUCGCCUGGUUAGACCCGAUGCCAAUGCGGAGUUACGGGGAACGAAGACCUUCUCAGCGGAUGUCCAACUGAACGAUGCUCUCCAUGCACCCCACAUAAACAAACUGGACCUCAGUUCCCUGCUGGAUAACACCUUGCUACGAAUGACACCCCAGCAGAUAAGUGGUGUCUACACUUUCGACAGAAUGAUGGCCACCAAUGUGGAUGUGACUCAAGUGAAUGGGGUUCCGACAGAAGAAUUCAUAGACACACGCAAAGAUCUGGAACUCAAGGGAGAUCUGUACCUGAAGCAACUCAACCUCAAUGGAAGUCUAAAGUGCCCUCUGGCCAAUGGGGCAGUUCUAAGCGAUCUUGGGCAACGAGUGGAGCAAGUGCAGCAACUUCCCUGGCGGAACUUGAUAGUCACCGGCGAUGCUCUCUGGGAUGGUGAGGAUCACUACCAAUCCACACUGGACUAUCUGCGCCAGCAUGCUGUGAGAAAAGUGGGAAAUCAGAGCAUUGCAGGACAUGUCCUUCUCAAGGAACCCUUCUUGAAGAAUCUGCAAAGCAAGCAGUCCCUGCCCAUCGAUCUGAACUUCACCCAUUUGGCCGAAGAUGCCCUACUGCGCAGGACUGUCACAAACGAAAGCCAGGUUAUCUUAGCUCCCCAAGAGCUACUGGGAUUGGUCAAGGCUAAAACACUUCACCUGGACAAGGAUGCUCGCUUUGGGCUGGUGAACGGAAUCGACAUAGAACGACUCAAUGCCUCACUGUACCGCCUGUCCAGUGGAGAAGCCAUUGCAGCGGAUCUUCACUUCCUCCAGGCUCCCAGGAUUGGUAAACUUCAACUGGAGCGUCCCGAAGUGAAUGGUUAUCCAAUUGGGAGUAUUUACCAGCAGGGCCAAGGGCAAUCCUGGCCAUCGGUGAAGUUCAAGCAACUGGUUGUGGAACAGGAUCUCAGUCUGGGGAGUGUGAACGAAAUGAGUCUGGAGUACUUCCUGCAGCAUCGCAUUCCCCUGAGGGGACCUGCCCUAGAGGUAUUCGGAUCACUGAGCUUUGAAAACCUUCAGUUAGGCGGUCAACCACUCCUUCGCUCUAUUAAUAACAUUCCACUGGAUAACCUAGUGGUGCGACAUAGCAACCAGGCGCAGAGCAUCACAGGGGCGAAGACCUUCCAUGGAGGUGUGGAGUUCACGGGACCCGGUCAUGUGAUGAAUCUGAAUGGACGUGAGCUUAGCGACAGCUACAGGGGCAGCAUCUUCCGGAACAGCGACUACAACAUCGACAGUCUGGUCCUGGACAGAGCACUCUUUCCAGGAGGCCUUGUCCUGGCAGGAAGUCAGAGCCCCAGUCGAAUGCGCACGUUGGAGGAGCAGAGCAAUCCCCUAGAGCAACUGCAGGAGCUGCUGAAGCAGGGCAAUCAAAGCUCUCACAAAAGCCUGCUCUAUCUGGACCAUGACCCUGACAUACUGCAAUCUAGCUGGGUGAAACCGCCUCUGAAGGGAUCUCCAGAGUUCCAGGUUAGUCUACCCUUGGGUGAUUCGGCUCCCUGUCAGCGGCGGAGCCUGAGGGCUCAACUCCUCAUCCCCGAGGGCCGUGUGCUCCUGGCCAACGUGAGUGUGUCCAACCAACUGAUACGGCUCAGCUCCGGGGAUGUCCGGGCCAAGGUGCAGAACCACUGUCACCGUCCGGCGCGGAGAUUGCGCAGCAGGAUCAGCAUUAGCUGCCGGAAUGAAUCCCAUACGCUGGGAAUGCGUCAGCCAGUGGAGGCCAUGGAACUAAUGGAAGUGGAGGAGAUGGUACUGCUGCUUCUGGGCACCGAAGAGGAGGUUCGUGUUUUGCGGAUAAAGCGGAGCAACUGCAGUCUCACCGACUGGCAAUCCGUGUUGCCAGCAGAUGGUCGCCUAAUGAAGGUCAUUCGAGGGAGGAUUGAGGACUCCCAGGAGGAUCUGCUCCUCACCAGUGGCUUGAGCAAUCACCGUCCGGUCCUGGCCAUCCAUGCCAGGGAUCCUGCGAGUCACAGCUUCAAAUUGCUCCAGUUAAUCCAGGGCUCCUACGAUCUGGCUGAGAUGCAAGAGAACCAAUUGCUGAUCAGCUGCCUGGGCUGCCGGCAUGUAGCCAUCUUUAGAAGGAUGUUAGACCACUUUGAGCCCAUCCAGCAACUGAGUUUCCACGAGCGCAUUCAGCAGCUAAGCCCUUUCAAAGUCGCAGAAACGCAGUAUCUUCUGGUGACAACGCAACCGGGCGAAGAGCACUUUUACCUCUUCAGCUACAAUCAGGUGGGCGGUUGGCAGCAACGCACUUUUGGCUAUAAGAAUCAGCACCCCUGGGCUUGGCCUCUGGUGAAAUCUGGCCAAAAACUGGAAUCGAUAGAGACUGCAAUCCUACUGCUCUGCGGUAAGGAGAGGGAAUGCAGUCUGGUCAAGGCCCUACUCGGUUGAAAUCUGCAUCUGUAAGCCAUGUAU